UUCUUUGUUUUUUGUUUGGUUGUUAAGAAAAAUUUGCGAAACGAAAAGCUGGCUGUGAAAUGUCUUUAUCCCAGUCUUUCUGUUCGUACAAAUUAGUAUUGCAUUCUACAAGCCUGAGAAACUCGACGCUUUUAAGCUUAACAUUUUUCCUUCCUUCCUUUCCAUUCCAUUCGUUGUUUGGUUGCUGAGAAAACCGAGGGAAGGAAAGGAUAUUUUGGUUGAGUUUUGUAGGUUGAGGAACUAAGGAACCAAGCUAGAUAAUUGCAUUGCAGCGAGCGGAGGGUUAUUAUUUGUUUUGAUUUUUUCGCUCUGAAGUUUUCCUCACGUUUUCUCAGGAACCAAACAGGCUAAAAAGCGUGUAAAUUUGUGUUGAAAAAGCUUGAGAUCAUUUUUCCUGAAAUGCUCGAUGAGCGCUUCGUAGUGGAAUUGACCUUUAUUCUCAUUAUUAUCUGUUUUGUGCCACGACUCUGCCAUUUGCUAAUGCAUGUGCUUACUGUUUUAGUUUAUUGUGGGCCGUGGAUGAUUGUGAUGUUAAGUUUUUUUUUAUUAGUUUAAAGUUACGUUCUGUAUUUUGGUCCAAUUGUUGCUUUACUUUCUAGCCUGAAUCGGAAGAGUAUAGAAUUGAGUUGGGAGAAAUUAAAUCCAGCACUAGCAUUGCUCACCUGUCUAACGUAUUUAUAUUAAGAAGGGCGGCUCAAACAAAAAAAUCAGUAAUUGAGAACUCAAAUUCUCACUUGCUAAGAAUUAACCCAUCCACCAGGUUCUGGAGCUAUCUGCAUAUAGAUUUCUGUUUCACCUAUUAUAGAUUCGAGUUUCUUCUGCCUUAUUGUAAAAGCAACUUGUCUUUCCCAAUGGAACUUUCAUUUUGUGCCUCAUUGAUAGUCUUUGAGUUGUAUUUGCAGUUGGUGGACUGGAUUUAUGGCACCGAAUUAAUUUUAUAAUUGAUAUGGAUAUUUCAAGUUAAUUUUUAAUUCUGUUUGUAGGAUCGUUACUGAUUUUUCUGGCAUGGGUUUGGUGGAAAGAUCUACAGACCUACACAACAAAAAAGACAAAAGUGACCAAACAGGGACUAUAUUGGUUCAUGCCUUUUCAGAUCUAACCUACAUUUCUCCGGUGGUAUUCUUAUACCUCCUGAAAGAAUGUUACAUUCAUGGCACAUGUAAGGCAACUAUGAAGUUCCGAGCUCUUCAACAACAAGUUUAUCAAGUGCUUCAUAACAAUCCCCAACCUGGCCCAGCUACAUUUGUCAUUCGAUGUCUAUAUAUCUUGCCCAUAUUUACAUUAUAUUGUGAAGGCUUCAGUCAUUUAAUUGUAUCUGCCCUACGGCGUUACCUAAAAUUAGGACUUAACCCCACAGAUGCCUUGGAAGCAAAAGACAUAGCUGCUCAGUUAUUUCUUGAUAUUGUAGGGGGCUUUGUGAAUCAUGAUGAGAGGAUUGUUGUGAAGAUAGUUGAAGUUUUUGAUAUCAAAUUGGAUAAUGUCGAGAAAGCCAUGUGCCAACUAAAGGAAAGGACUGAUAGUGGUUGUGAUGCAGCAAAAACAUUCGUUGAGCAUUAUGUUUUUGAAUUGAUAGAAUCCCAGUCAUUCAUGACAGCUGUAUCUCUAUUAGAGCAAUUUUCCAUCCGCCAAUCCGGAAAAUCUUUUCUCUUUAGUAUGAUACAGAACAAAGAAUUUAAAGCAGCUGACAAGUGGGCAAUAUUUAUGGGUAAGCAAAUGUUAUGUGUACUUGUUCAGGAAUACAUUGACAGGAACUUGCUGAAGCACGCAUAUGAUAUUAUAAAGAAAAACAAUCUGCAGCAAGAAUUUCCAGAUGUUUAUCAUAAGUGUAAAGAAAGCUCACUAAAAAAGCUAGCAGAAAAAGGAUGUUGGGAUGUUGCAGAGGCAAAGACAAAUGAUGAUAGACAACUUCUUGAAUAUUUGGUUUAUUUGGCUAUGGAAGCUGGUUACUCUGAGAAGGUCGAUGAGCUAUGUGAUCGAUACUCCCUUAAAGGUUUUCUGGAUGUCAAAGUGCCUGAGGCAAGUCAUCUACAUAGUCGCUAUCUUCAUCUUAAUGAAUUGGUUGUGGAAGACAUCAUUUGGGUUGAUAAUGUUGAUGGUUUGCAAAAUGCAACAUGCCAUAUUGAGGGGUGUAAAGUCGUGGGUGUUGAUUGUGAAUGGAAGCCCAAUUAUGAAAAAGGCAGCAAACCAAACAAGGUUUCUAUCAUGCAGAUUGCAUCUGAAAAGAUGGUUUUUAUCUUUGAUCUGAUAAAGUUAUUCAAAGACGUGCCUGACAUUUUAGACAACUGUCUGGCCCGCAUUUUGCAGUCUCCUAGAAUUCUAAAACUUGGAUAUAACUUUCAAUGUGAUACAAAGCAGCUGGCCCAUUCAUAUGGAGAGUUGGAGUGUUUCAAGCAAUAUGAAAUGUUACUGGACGUCCAGAAUGUGUUUAAAGAACCUCAAGGUGGUCUCUCUGGGCUUGCAAAGAAAAUAUUGGGGGCCGGUUUGAACAAGACAAGACGGAAUAGCAACUGGGAGCAACGACCUUUGACACAGAAUCAGCUAGAAUACGCUGCUCUGGAUGCUGCUGUACUUGUUCACAUAUUCCUCAAUGUUCAAAGUCAUUCUCAUCCUGCUACUGUCAGUGAGGGGCAUGAGAAAAUUGAGUGGAAAUCCCACAUUGUUUCGCGUAUGGAUAAUGUCAAGAAGUCCAAAAAAGGAGUUAGAAGUAAAAAGCAGUCUAGAGAAUCUCCGACCGACCAGCAUUGUCAAUCAAGUUAGUGCCAUGUUACAGACUUUCAUGCUCACUGCGUUAGACCCUUAUCAUCUGUAAAUAUUUUGAAGCAGACAGAAACUGUUGCUGAAUAUAUUCUGCAUGUUUGUAAGGAGUAAAAAUCUGUUGUUGAAAA